GAAUUCCCGAUUGGCCGAAAUGCGCGCCAGUCGCCCCCCCUUUAAAACAUGGUCCUCCGUAAGGAAAGCUGCCAGCCUCUGUGUGUGUGUGUGUGUGUGUGUGUGUGUGUGUGUGUGUGUGUGUGACUUGUGAUCUAAUGGUGAUUUUGGGGCGACCUGGUGCACAUGAGGACAGCUGGUUUGCAAUGAUUUUGUGCCACUGCGGCACUGCACAGCAUCAGAUGCGCGGUUGUUUUGCUCACACCUGUGGCUGGGGACAUAAGCCGUGAUCUGAUGCUGAUUUUGGGGCGACCCGUUGCAAAAAGCUCGGGGAUCCAUGAGGAUCUGUGCUUUGCAGCCGCGCACCGGAUGCACCACUGGUUGUGGCUCCGCCGCCUGUGGACUCACACGUGCUUUACAGUGUCACGGCGGUUUCGUUUCACGUCAGUGUGUACAAUCCAUCCAGAUCCGACUGUGACCCAGCUCCAUCGCGGAGGGGCUUGGAAGAGGCCGCGGCGCCGGUUCGAGUCCGCGCCCGGGAGCUCCGGAGUCCGGGUGGAAGCCCCGCCCCACGAAGCCCCUCUUCCUGGGGGACCUCGAGCCGCUCAUUGUGCCCCUCCCUCAAAGGGUUGUUGUGGCGUCAAAAUGAACGGCGGGUCGGAGGAGAGCCAGGACCCCCGUUCCGCGGCCGGUCCCGCCCAGGGCGAAGCCGCUCAAAAUGGCGCCCCGGGGGCCCUCCCCUCUGUCUCUUCCGCCCGCCCGCGCAUGCGCGCCUCCUCCCGUGUCCCGUCCCUCCGGCCGAGGGGCGUCUCUGAGCCGCCGCCGCCGCCGCCGCCAAACUCGGGCGCGAUGGAGCUCGCAGGGCCGCCGCCGCAGGGGCCUCCCGGGCGGAAGAGGCUGCCCAACCGGGACAGGCCCGCCGCCGAGGACGACGCCCUCCACCAGAUCGCCCGCCAGGCUGAAGCCAGACUUGCAGCGAAACGUGCAGCACGAGCUGAAGCUCGGGAAAUCCGAAUGAAGGAGCUUGAACGGCAGCAGAAAGAGAUCUAUCAGGUUCAAAAGAAAUAUUGUGGUCUGGAUGCAAAGUUUGGUGACAUCGAGCAAUGGAUGGAAGAUACUGAGCGUUACAACCGUAAAUCCAGAAGAUAUACCUCGGUUUCAGAUGAAGAUGAACGUAUGUCAGUGGGGAGCCGUGGAAGUCUAAGGCCUUCAGAAUACAGUUACUACCUUGGCUCAGGAUCUCGAGCUUCUUCUAGAGCUAGUUCUGCUCGUGCAAGUCCUGUGGUUGAAGAAAGGACUGACAAAGAAUUUGAGAGGGGGGCUCGUACUGUGUCCAGUUUGUCAGCAGCUACCUUGGCCUCCUUAGGUGGAACUUCUUCACGGAGGGGCAGUGGAGACACCUCCCUUUCUGUUGAUACCGAAGCAUCUAUUAGAGAAAUUAAGGACAUCAAUGAGUUAAAGGACCAGAUUCAAGAUGUAGAAGGAAAAUACAUGCAGGGAUUGAAGGAAAUGAAGGACUCCCUAGCCGAAGUUGAGGAGAAAUACAAGAAGGCUAUGGUUUCAAAUGCUCAGCUAGAUAAUGAGAAAACAAAUUUCAUGUACCAAGUAGAUGUUUUAAAGGAUGCAUUAUUAGAACUGGAAGAACAACUUGCAGAAUCCAGAAGACAAUAUGAAGAGAAAAAUAAAGAUUUUGAAAAAGAAAAACAUGCUUAUAGUAUAUUGCAAUUUCAAUUCAUGGAAGUCAAAGAGGUUUUGAAGCAAAGGGAAGAACUGCUUGCAGAAAUCCAGCAACUGCAGCAGAAGCAGGAGGGCUAUAGCAGGGAAAUUUCUGAUCUUCAGGAGACAAUAGAGUGGAAGGAAAGAAAAAUAGGGGCAUUAGAAAGGCAGAAAGAGUUCUUUGAUUCCAUAAGAAGUGAGCGAGAUGGUCUUAGAGAGGAGGUGAAUAUGCUGAAGGAACAAUUGAAGAAAAAUGGAAUAUUCCCUUAUUCAGAAGUAGCUACCAAUGGAGAAACUUGUGGUGAUAGUCUUUUAAGUUCUUCCGCGAUUGUUCCAGUGACAAGUCAUGCUAUUAAGGUUGCUGAAGAUGGUAUUCUAGGCAGAGCCAUUGAAAUGGAGAUGAAAAAUGAGAGUGUGGAGAAUGUGAGGAAAAGAGAAAUCUUGCAGAAUACUGAGCAUGAGGAACUCACAGAGGAGAAUAAGGAGAUGGAAAUUGUACAGGAAUGUUUGGACACAAAGACGUUGCCCAUUGAUGGAAAUAUGGAAGCAGAGAAAAUGACAGAAGGCCAAGUUAUAUCAGCGCCAUCAUUAAAUAGUGGUCUUGAGGAAUCAGCUAAAACUAUUUCAGUGCAUGUGCCAAGAAUUGUUUGUGACCUUAAAAAUAGUGAUGUAUCUGCAUUAAGGGAUAAAUGCGGGUUGCUAGGUCAUAUAACAGAACUGAAGGAGGUAAAUGAAGAUGGAGGUCUUGUAAAUGAAAUUGAUAAUCAAAAUAAUGUAGUAGAUCCAUGUAUAGAUACUAACCAGGAAAUAAAUACAGUAUCAGAAAUAUUUUCCCAACAACAGCAAACUAAAGGAAACCAAAAAUAUAUUUUGGUUGAUGAGGCAGGAGCCAAUAAUAAUGAAGUAUUUGAGGAAACGUUGGAUUUUAUGGCUAAGAAUCACACAGCAACUUCCAGUCAGUCAGAACCACUGAACUUGGCAGAAGAUACUCUCACAGAGGGGGCCAGGAGGGACUCCAGUGCUGAGCAUCCAUGUUUCGCCAGAGAGAGCCUAGAGAACAAAGUUGCUGAGAGUAUUUCAGAGAGCCAAGGUGCUGAAGGUGGUUUAACUGGUAAGAAGCAUCCUGAGAAAACUAAGGAAACACAUGAGACAGAAAAUGCUGUCCUGCUGCAGGAAACCGAAGUCCUCAUGUCCGCAGUAGAGAAGGGAGAAGCCCUGGGCCCCAGUGGAAAUGCACUUGUACAGGAAGACAAGCAAGUUGAACUGCAAGGAGUCCAGUCCAUGCCUUUACAACAUGAUGUGUUGGCUGAACAGGAACAAAAAGAGCGAGAGACAAGAGAAAGUGCCAAUGAUAUUGGAAAGUGUCACACUGAAAAGACAAAACAAAGAGAAGCAUUGCUGGGAGCGCUGGAUGCUGAUUCUGAGAAAAACAGUGAGCAACAUAUCGUGAAAGAGGUUUUGUCAGAAAGAACUGUUGCAUGCCAGGUCCACGGGGAAAGAAUGUUAGAGAAUGACUCCAGGAAUUGUAUGGAGAUAGAUUCUGAAUUCAUACCUGAUGGAAAAACACUGGCACACAUCUCAGCUUCUCAUGAAGAACUUGCUCAAGAAGAUCAUAAAGAAGAUAAUUCAACACAAGUUAAAUAUGAGUCAACAGGAGAGGAGAGUGCAGAAGAAGAAGUCGUCGAAAUUAUUCAGGAGCCAGCUGUGACUGCAGUGACCAUGGAUAUUGAGAAAGCAGCCAAAGGGGACGGAGAGGAUGGGAACCUCAGCAAGGCAGAAGAGGUGCUUGCUGUUGCACCGGAGAUCCGAGACACUCCUUGUCUUGAGUCACAACAGAAGGCUGACUUCAGCGGUCAAGAAGAAGAGCCUGACAGUGAAGGUGAAGAAGCUGGAGAGGAGUAUCAUGAAGCAAUUGAUUUCGAUGGGGCUCCUGGAGAAUUUAUUUCUGAAUGGAAUGUAGGCCAGGGCAAUGAAGAGGAGGAAAAUAAGCAAACAGAAGACGAGGGUGGGGCUGCGCGAGGGGCCGUGCAGAAUAUGCUCCAAGAACACGGUCACCAUGAACAUGAGGGUGCGCAAGAAGGUCACAGGGAGCAAACCAAUCAGAGCUCUGUGAACAAGGUGAGAAAUGAGGGCGCAUUGACUGGAGGUGAUGAGAAUCUUCAGCCAGAGAAUCAAAAGGAAUCCGAAAAAGCUGAACACCUGCACGUGGGUUCUUCUGAUUCUGUGUCUGCUGAGGCCCUUCACGAAACUGAAAUGAGUAAGAAGGGUAAAGGUAAAUCUCGGGAAGAUUGUGCAGUAUCAUAAUCCAAGAAGCUGGGUGGUUGUUUCGUGUUACAUACCAGCCAUCUGAUAAGUUUCAGGGCAAAAUGUUACUUUUGUGCAAUAGACCAAAAAAACCCUUUCUAACUUCUGCUUUUUUUAAGAGGAAAAUUUUCAUUAUGAACUAAUACUCAUUAUGAACUAAUAAUCAUUAUGAACUAAUAAAUAGAUUUGUGAAGCUCCUUUCCUAUAGCAAUGUAUCUGAUAUUUUCUUAAAACUCUCAGGUUUAAUUAUUGUUUAUCACAACAAUUCAAAUCCACGCUACUAAUUCUUAAUGCCAUGAUUUUAAUCACAUUAAGAAUAUGCAGAUAGUUUACCAUUUCAGCAUUUGAAUGAAAGCUAAGACUUGGUAUUCUUAAAACCUGUUUAUCUUCUAGUACACGCCAUCAGUUGUCAGACAAGUUUAUAUUUGAUUGCAGUAGUUGCAAAUAUUCUUAAAAAGCAGAUAGAUUUCGUUGUGCGUGCACAAUGUAAAUUUCGUUGUGCGUGCACAAUGACAAUAAAAAUGCUUAUGCUUAUGCUUAUAGAUGAUUUCCCCAAGAGAGAUAAAGUUGAACAUUGUAUGGUUUGAAUAUUAGCACAUUCUAAAUUAAUUCCACACUGUAUUGCCAAAAUAUGAAUAGAAAGGUACCUUUGGAACCAAUCCAAAGCCAUUUUGCACUGAAUCAAGCAUUCAUCAUCUUGAACAUGGUUAAGAAUAUGUCAUGUUCUCGCUGUAUUUUAUAGCCUUUGCAUCAGCUAGUAUUUCCUGAAAUGUAUUUCUGUCUUUGCCCUUUCAAGCACUGUACAGGAAUGUUUUCUUACAUGUGAAUGGUUUUUCCUCCUUUACCGUUUGCCUGAAUGCAGGCGAAUGUGAAUAUCACCAUGAAUACCAGUAUUUAAGAGAAAAGAUAGAAACUGCUGCUGCUUUAUUUACAAAACUACUACGCUUGGUACGCUUCUUGAAUACACUGAAUUCACAUGUUUCUAAUUGGUCACUCUAGGCCUCAUUUCUAUACAUACACCAACUACCAGAAGAAGGAUUUUAAUAGUGUAUUGCAACAUUUUAAAUUUCCUUUUAAGGUAUGAAAAUCAGAGGAAGGUUCAAAUGUUAGGACUAUAUGCAACAAAUACAUGUGUUCUUCAAAACUAAAAAACCCCACAAAAAUGGAUAUCACACGUAUUCAGCUAAAUAUAAUAGAACAAACACCUUAAAUUUUGCUCAGUUUUUUCCAAAGCCAUUUAUAAUCAGACUGACCCUUUCCUGAAGUGCUUAUAACAUCCUGAUAUCUGCCUGCUUCUAUGUACCUUGCUGGUUUUUAGAUUUGGCAAUUCAUCACAAAGCUAAUGGUGCUUCUUUGUGUAGAUAGGACUAGGAGGCCUUCAAUUCCAUUUGAACCAAAAUAAUGGGUGGGGUAUAAAUAUUUUAAUAACUAACUUUAACCUUAUGUAUUAGAUAGUAAUCUGAUGCAAAAUCUUUCCAGGCAAUGAGCUGUAAAUGCAUAAUGCAAUAUUGGAAAAGGCAAAGUGCACAUAAACAUAUAUUUGCUUACUGCUGUUUCAACUAAUAAUGUGAUUUAACUUGUAAAGAUUUAUUAUUGAGAUGAUGACGAACUCUGCUGCUGAUCCUCCCCAGAAAAUGCAAGAAUCAGGAAUCAUUCCCACUUUAUCCUCUGCUCAGCUCCAAGAAACGGUGUAGCCCUGCAGGGCUGGAGGCUGCCGUGAGAAGGGAACAGGGUGCACAAUCAACUCUUCUACCUGUUCCAUCAAUGAUGCACCUCCCACCCUGCAUGGCUGUUAGUGAGCAGAAGCACGCCUGAUUUCUCUGAUCCCUGCUCCAAUUGUUGGUUUGGGCUGCAGAGAAAAGGAGAGAAAGCAGCUGUUUCUGUUCUUUCUUUUGCGGUGCGAACAUUCAGAUCCCUGCACUUGUCCCCAUUCCACUUGCAGGAGAAGGAAGAAAAAGGAGCCCUUUCGGUCCUCCCUUUGGCAACUGUUGCCACUGUAGCUGUUCUGCUGGGGAGGGGUUGGAUCUGGCCCAGCUGCUCCUCUGAUCAGCUUUGAGUCAGUUUCGGGCCAAACUUGCUCUGCAGCUGUGUGAGAUGCUUCUUGUGUUCUGAACCUGUUCCUGAUCGACUCAAAUGUACAGUUUGAUUAUGAAUAUCAGCUGGGUUAAGUUCAAGGGCCAAACAGAGUGACUGAGAAAUGUGUGGCAUCCCUAAUCAUGACAUCCAAAAGCCUACAGAAAUUAUUGUGUAAUUUAUUCGUUUAUGAUUAAAUUGUAAUCAUUUUUUAAAAAUACCACUUUAAUUAUGAUCUCAUGAACUAUUUGAGUUGUUGUGGUUCACAGUACCACAUUAAAUUUGAUAUCCGAGAAGCUGUCAAAUCCUAAGUAAACUUUCUCUUACUCGUCAAGGUCUAGCAAUAUCACAUUCAUUCCAAAUGGAAGUUAGGAGCUCAGGCCUUCGGCCUACAUAACACAGCACUUCUCAGUAGGUAGAAUGAUAGUUUGAGAUCAUCUGGUGCUGGGAGGCUGGCAUGCUCAGGAGACAAGGCCUUCUCAGUUACACCCCCAAGCUUUAGAAUUGUCUUCCCACAGAGGCCUGAUCAGACAGAAGCCUUGUCAAUGGGACCUUCAGAAAGUUAGGGGGAGGGGGCUUUGAAGGGGGCAAAAGACCAACAUGCCAUUUUUAUUCUGUGGCUUGUAUUGAAUCUUUAUUACUGCUGAUUCUUUUAUGUAUCAUGGAUGUAUUAUUAUGCUUUUCAUGUUAUUAAGUGGAUUUUUUAAACUUACAGAUUCUUUGUUUUUUCCUGAUUCACAUGAUGUUGUUCUUGUUUUGUCAUUGUUGUACACUGUGUUCAUUAAUUUCUUACUUUAAUUCUGUGAGCUUUUCUGCAUACUCUGCAGAAAAGUGAGAGGAAUCUAAUGAGUAAAUAGUGAUAUAGAUCCAUUCAGUAGCUCUGAUAGAAUGAGAUUCCUUGUGGUUACCGUCUUUCUGUGCAGAGGACAAUUAUUGGUUUCCAGAGAAGUGCAUUGGAAGGUCUGCAUAGUCCUUUCUGAGUAGCAGUUAUCCCUUGCAGGUUUCCAUUAAAUACUGCAGUGAUUUUCCAAUGAAGCUUGCAAUGAAAUGCUGUAUGAGAGAGCCAAGUGAGUGGGCGCUGGUAGUUAGGAUAUAUACUUAGAGAGAGAGAGAAAUCUUGUUUACAAAUACUGCUGUAACAUUGCCAGCAUUUGAGAUGUAUGUUUAGUUCAAUACAAUGUAAUGAUCAUUGCUGUGUGACACAAUUACCUUCUGAAAUGUUUUGGUUAGGAAAAAAAUACAUGCCUUUUCUUACAAUCCUACACUUUGAAGAAUUUUAUUUUUCCCCCUGAGAUUGAAAGGUUUGUAUUCACCGUCUUCACUGUCUUCACCGUCUUCCUCUCUAUUGGAAACAAAAUAUGUUCCAAAGCCACUCAGUGGAAAUUAAUAAAUACCAGAUGACAAAAUUGUUUCUACAAAAUCUAUAAUAAAGAAUUCUAAGAGAU